AGCGAUUGGAGGGCAAGCUGGAAUAAUAAGGGAAGGCUGGACCGGAGCAGACUGAAGCGUCCCAAAGAGCCGCCGGCCUCAGGUCUGACAACCCCCAAGAGUCAGAAGUGCGUUCUUCCUUCACCAUGAAUCCAGCCAGACCACAUCGGCAGCAAUAAAACCUUUUUCCUGUCUUUUUGAGUGCCGAUUGUUAACCUGUUUGCGCCUGUAAACUCUGUGCGCAAGAAAGUCCUGAGAUCUGGAAGAAACUGCGCGUAAUUUCCUCAAUCUUUACUUCCUUCUGCCGCUUGGAGCCAAAAGCGGCCGGUAUUUCUGGAGGUUUUCUGCUUUUAUUUUUUUAGAGGGGAAUAUUUUUGCCUUUUGACACACCGACAUGGAGUACACGUCAUCCCCAAAGCCGCAGCUCUCAUCCCGGGCCAAUGCUUUCUCCAUAGCCGCCCUGAUGUCCAGCGGAAAGUCCAGCAAGGACAAGGAGGCGGAGGAGAACACUAUCAAACCUCUGGAACAAUUUGUGGAGAAAUCCUCCUGCAACCAGCAGGCUCUGGCUGACCUGUCGUCCCUGGACGGGCACGGGGACUUCAGCGGGAGCGCGCCCACGGUGUGCACGGAGCCCCUCAUCCCCACCAAUCCCGGCAUCCCCAGCGAGGAGAUGGCCAAAAUCUCGUGCAGCCUGGAGACCAAAGAGCUGUGGGACAAAUUCCACGAGCUCGGCACUGAAAUGAUCAUCACCAAGUCUGGAAGGCGGAUGUUUCCUACCAUCCGGGUCUCUUUUUCCGGAGUGGACCAGGAUUCCAAGUACAUCGUGCUGAUGGAUAUUGUUCCGGUGGACAACAAGCGGUACCGCUACGCCUAUCACCGUUCCUCCUGGUUGGUGGCCGGCAAAGCCGACCCCCCUCUGCCCGCCAGGUUGUACGUCCACCCGGACUCUCCGUUCACCGGAGAGCAGCUGAUGAAGCAGAUGGUUUCCUUCGAGAAGGUCAAACUGACGAACAACGAGCUGGACCAGCACGGACAUAUCAUCCUGAACUCUAUGCACAAGUACCAGCCACGAGUUCACAUCAUUAAGAAGAAGGACCACACCGCUUCGUUGCUCAACCUCAAAUCGGAGGAGUUUCGCACCUUCGUGUUCGUUGAGACGGUCUUCACCGCCGUCACGGCCUAUCAGAACCAGCUGAUAACCAAGCUGAAGAUCGACAGCAACCCGUUCGCCAAAGGUUUCAGGGAUUCGUCGCGGCUGACGGACAUGGAGAGGGAAAGUGUUGAGAAUCUGAUCCACAAGCACUCGUACGCCCGAUCGCCGAUCAGAACCUACGCUGGCGACGAGGAGAACCUGAGCGAGGACGGACACACCACACACACCAGAGGAUCAGCGUUUACGGCCUCAGACAACCUCUCCCUGAGCUCCUGGGUUACCACCACCUCAGGCUUCUCGGGUUUCCAGCAUCCUCAGACCCUGUCAGCCAUAGGCACCGGAACCGCCUCCCUACCCCACCCCAUCCAGGGAUCCUUGCCCCCGUACAGCCGGCUAGGCAUGCCACUGACGCCCAGCGCUCUGGCUGGAACCAUGCAGGGCAGCGGGCCGUCCUUCCCUUCCUUCCACAUGCCCCGCUACCACCACUACUUCCAGCAGGGGCCAUACGCUGCCAUCCAGGGACUCCGCCACUCCUCCACAGUCAUGACGCCCUUUGUAUGACUUCACAGAGCAGAGGGCCAGAAAUCAGUCUGACCUUCGAAAGGGGCAGACCAUUAAUCCUCAUCACUCUUCAUCUGGCUUGCACCUGUCCCUCUGGUUGUAAAUAAUUCACCUGCAGUGAGUGGGGUGACAUGAAGAGGAACCUGCACGCUGAACUGAGGCAGACUGUGCUCCUCUCUCAGGAUCUGACUCCUAAGAACAGCUCCGAUGUAGGAAAAGACUGACAACUUCAUUACAAAGCAAAUGCAAGACAAAAAUACGUGCAUGCAUGUUUUAUUUCAGCCCUCGAAUACAAAGUACAGUUUCUAAAUGUUUUUAAAAUGGCAGCAAGGUGUGAUUCCUAAAAAUGACAGAGGGUGGUUGGAUGGAACAAGCAGCCAUCUUGGCUCCUCUCUGUUAGGAGAGCCAGCCAUAUGUACAGUUCAGAAUAACGACAACGCACUCUGGGAUCCACUUACUCAGAGGUUUCUCACUGUAAAUUAUUAAAAAAAAGAAUACUAGAACGCAUGCUGACUGCAGUAGACACACACAUUGCUUAACUUUGUAUGUUUUAACAUGGAAUGAAGGACUUCACGUGUAAAAGAGCAAAAUGUUUUUGUUUUAAAGGCCUGGUCACAGCAGGUAUUACAACCUGCCUUUAACCGAGGCUGUGAGAGCAGACUGCAUCAUCAAAGAUAGAGUGCAGCAACUUAUUGUUUCCCCAAGGAUUGUAUUUUAGACAUAUUACACAUCAUCUGGCAAAGGAUGAUACCAAUUUGUCAAAACUGUUUUUGUUUUCAAUUCAAAAUGGUUCAAAAUCAUUUCAAGUAGAUUCCAGAGAAAGUGCAGAUGUUUGAGUUUUCUCCCACUGUUUGGAGGAUAAUCAGCACUAGACCUUUCUGACCUGUUGCUACAUACUGCUGGUCAGCUUGCUGAAGGAUGGCUACAAUAUAUCUCAGCCAUGCUUACAAGAAAGGAAAUAAAAAUGAAGCGUCACCCACCACACUUACUAAGUUAAUGCUGUUUUAAACCACUUGGCAGCAAACUGCAGGCUCUACACAAGCAAAUAGCUUCACUAAUUACAUUUUUAAUUUUUCAUAAAUACCGUGAAAUUGUAAUAGGUCAUCAUACCACGAGAAUCGCAGUCCGGCUCAUGUCUACUUCACACCAUUACCAUAAAAUAUCAUUAAUGAUGGCAACAAAGCUGAAUUUCACACCUUAUUUCAAAAACUUCCUCUACAACAGAGCUGAGAAAGAAUAUGAGAACGUAUUUCAUCCUCCUUCGGUGCACUUGCAGAGCUCAGAGUCUAGGCCAAAUGAAUUAAAUCAAAAAAGUAAAUUGUAUCUGAUCUUAAUGUUCCUAGUCUUCUUAAGGAGGAAACAUUUAAAAGUUGCUUCCAGGCAAGCAGUCAGAAGUAAUAAUAAAAACAUACGAGAAGAAAAACAGCAACAUCAA